AUGGGACAGUUGAACGGAAGCGGUCAGCUCUCACAAUUGCACAUCGGUCAAGGCGGCGGCCAUCACCAGGCAUCGUCGCCGAACUUACUCUCGGCAGCUUCGCAGUCCUAUCAGAUCGGUUCGGCGGCUACCAACUCAACUCCCACGAUGAUAACGCACCAUCAGCUGUCUCCGGUGUCGGCCAACAUCACACUCAUGGGACAAUCGAACGGAGCAAACGGUGGUGACAGUCUAAUUACUGUGUCGUCGUCCGAACUGGUGUCCAUGCAGAGUCCGUCCAGCUGGUCGGCGCUGGCCAACCACCACAGCCUCGGAAUCGGCGGUGGAGUCGGUGUCGGUGGACACCAUCAGAUGCCACCCAUGAACCCGACGCGGAUAAGCCCACAGCCCGCACUCAUACCGUCGACUUGUAUGGGAGGUCAGAUGAGCCCCACUUCAGCCGCUUACUACCAGCCCCGACAAACGCAUCCGCCGUUCUACACAUGGUACUGAUCAUUCCGGAUAACCUAUCCCGGUCCGACGACUUUUCGCCGGAAAACAACUUUUCCACCUAAAACCCACAACCCGCCACGUUUACCUGCAAGUUACGUUGAACYGCACAUUUCAUUAUAUCAAUAGGAUUGCAUUYUUUAACAAAGAAAAUGAUUUUUCUUUUUGGAAUUUCGGAUUGUGUAGUUUAUAGUUCUUAAUAUGAUGGAGUACGUCGUUCCUAUAAAUUCAUAGGUACCUACUACACAUAAGUACCGAUUACGGGCGCAGUCGGUCGAUUAUUUAAUAAUAUCAUAUUUAGCAGACGUCAAGCGAAAACGUGGCUGUAGAUGCUUUCUACUGCUGUGGACGGAAGUACUGCAACGCGUUGAGUAGUUCUAUAUCGCACCUACAGUCAUGCAGCCAUUAUCUACACUAUAUAAUAAUAUAAUAAUAUAAUAAUAAUAUAAUAAUAUAGUGACGAUUCAUAAGAGUAUAAACAAUAAUAAUUUCAUGUACAAUGAUACASAAAUCGAAAACCGUCAAGUCUUUUACAAAACAGAUCUUUCUGAAAAUCGGGCACGGACAAUUAUUUAUAAAAUGAAGAAGAACAAAACUACAGCCAUCUUCUGCACUGUAACAUGUCACUAUAUAUAUUUUAUUACACUUUAGUAAUACUAUUUACAACAUCACGGUCCGUUUAUGUUCCACGUCUUGAAUAUCAUUAACACUGCGGCGCGUACAGAUGACGUAUCGAAAUUACAAUUCUAUAAUAAUUACACUGGUACGGAUAGUAAGUCUAAAAAUAAAACCUACCUACCUGCCUGUGUAGGUACACAUACUACAUGAAUAUGAUUUGUYUACGGACAUUGCGUGACGCCAUGGGGGCCGUGGUCAUUCGCCACCGAGAAGAACGUUUUAUCAGAACUGUAUAAACGAUUUUGUAAGAUCUAUAUUAUUAUAUAAUAAUAAUGCAGUGGAUAUCAAUGGCAAUAAUAUAGUGUUAUAUUAUUAUACUACGAUGCGACAACGAUAACUCAAAAGCGCCACAAUGCCACAUUCUGAAUUGUAUUGCCAAUAUUAUUUGCUCGUAUAAGGGAUGUGCGUUAUGAUGCAUUUACCUAUAAUAUACCUUAACAAUAUAAUAAUACAAGUCACGACGUGCACACCUAUGUGUGUAAUAUUAGGUAUUGAUUUUAUUAUUAUACUGUUGUGUGUUGUGGGUACGAUUAUUGUUGUCGGUAGUCGAUUUUUAGAAAUAAUAUUAUAUUGUAGUCGCCAGUGACCGUCCCAUUGCAGAGUGUGCGGCGGAGCUGGGUGACCGAGUGAAAGCAACAAACAAACAACCGUUAUGGUUUUGAUACUUGUCUUCCGGUCAAUACGUAUGCGGCGCGUUUAUGUGUGUUUGUAUAGGUAUUAUAAAUUAUACUUAAAAUCAGUACAAUACGAUUGUAGUAGGUAGUUAACAUGUGGUAAACGUCACGAAUUCUUUCAUCUCGCUCGUCCACCCACCCGCAUGCCCACAGACCAGCAGUAUUGUGAGCCGGACGACUCCCUUGCGAAACACACCAUCAAGCUAUAUAACUAACCAUACAUCGUGAUAAAAUAUAAUAUACUUAUGGCCGAAGGUUGUGAGAAAAGUCGAGUUGUAUUAUAACAACCAUGUACCUACUUAAGGGCUACMCAAUAUAAUAUGUAGUAAUAUAUUAUUUUAUGUUGUAUCAUACAAAUACGCAUGUAAAAUUAUUUCGAUAUAGAUUUAAGUCACAAAUUUUAAUAUAAUAAUUACUGUAACAAUAUGUACAUAGCGUUUAAUUUUCUUGUUGGGUUAUCGAAAUAWAUUUUUUAUGCAUGUUCAUUAUGUAUAUAACAUUAUUUGUAUAUUAAUUGUUGUCUGUAUAGCAAUUUAAACCC